UGUGUCUUUCUCUUUCUCUGUCUAUCUGUGCAUGUGUGUGUGUGUAUCUGUGUGUGCGUGCAGCAUAGAUACACAUAUCAAAAGUGAAAACAACGCAAUUGCGUUUUAGCAAAGAUUUUCUACAGCUAACUGCAUUGAAUAUUUGUGACAUUCAAAACGAGACGCAGCAUCUGCAAGGAAACAAUGUCGACGCUGCCAUUUCUGCUUAGCGUUGCCGACGAGCUCGACAACAUACAUACGCAGUCCUAUAUGGAUGACUUUGGCCUGGGCUUUCAUCCUCAUCGACAAUACUAUAGAACGCCCACCAUACAACUGUCGCUGCCAGCGAGCACCGAAUGGACCAGCGGCCGGGACUGGCAGGGCAGACAUGCGCGCUAUCGCAGCUACAAGUACUACGAUGAGUCGCAGAGCAAGUUGGAUGAGCAGCUGGAGCUGGAGCUGGAGCAGCAGCAGCAGCAGCAAGCAGAGCAGCUGCAGCAGGAGCAACUAGAGUUGGAGCAGCAGCAGCUACAGCAACAGCAGCAGCAGCAGCAGCAACCACCACAGCAACUUGCUGCUGAGAAGCAGCUCGUCAAGUCCACUUCACAUGAUGUGGGCGUUGGUGGACUCGGACUCAACUUGAAGGCCGCCGAGGAGGAGGAUGAUGAAAACAUCGAUCGCACUGUGCGCAUGUAUAAUCUCAGCAAGAAAUGCUGCAAGAACUAUUAUCGCCAUGCACUCGAAAUGGACGCCGGCAAUGCAGUCAACAAAUGCAGUCAGCUGCGCAGCGAGAGCCAGCACUCCAGCUUUAGCUCCGAUGAUGACGAAAGCAUGCCCAAGCUGCCGUCGCCCAUAGAGUUUCUCACUUGCUUCUUGAUCAAGAAGUCUUCGUCGUCGCAUCGUCAUGCUGCUGCUGCGAAGCAAUCAUAGAACGCGGCUGCGUUGCUGCCAGCAUCAGCAGCGGCAGCAACAGCCAGAACCACAGCCAGCAACACCACCGCUUCAGUGUCAGUGGCAUCCACCACGACAGCGUCGAAGCGGCGCAGCAACUGCUUCUGAAUGUUGGCCCGAGUCGGUGUGAUCUGUCGCGCCGCCUGCAGUUGGCUGCAACGUUGUGGCGAGCUGCCCAAUACGGAGCCCACAACGCUGCCAGCCACGCGCCUCGGCCGCAUUGCCUACUAGGCCAACAGAAGACACACACACGCCGACUCGCCGACCACUAAGCCAAAAUUUAUGAAGGCAACGAAAAAUAUUGCAAGCUAAAAUAUUUAUUUAAAAUAGGUUUGCUUUUACUUUUUUGUUUAGCAUUAAUCGAAAGUACGCAGUACGCUUUGCAAUAACAAUAAAAUUUAAUAUUUCUCUAUACACACGAAAUUUUGAAGCCAGACUUGAACUUGAACAAUUUAAGUUGAUUUAAGACAAAAUGAUUGUAUUUUUUUACAUACACCACAGACAAUUUUUAAAGCCAAUUUUG